AUGGCAACCACCGGCAAGCGUAAGCACCGCAAACUCCAGCCAGCCGCCGAGAAGCCCGCAAAGAAGGCCAAAACGGCGCCGUCUAAGCUCAAGUUCAAGGUAGCGACCGCAAAGUCCAUUGGCAAGGGUGACGCCAUCAUCCCUAAGGUUGUAAAACCGAGCGGGGCGGCGCGGAAGGGAAAGGGGAAGAGAAAGGCAAAGGGAUAUUUGUUGGAUGACGAGGAGGAUGAGAGCCUCUGGAAUGUCUCUGUUAUGGACGAGUCUGACGGCGUGAAGACGCACUCGUCGGGUGAGGAGGACGACUCUGAGGAAGAGCUGCAACUCACACCUAAAGAGCACGCACGCGUACACGAGUUGCAGGCAAAGAUCAGACAGUGGAUGCUGAAGGGGAAAGACAAGGAGCCUCAGUGCCCAGAAGGUUCCGACGCAUCGCCAACCGCAUCUUCAAACCUCACACCAUCAUGGCCUCAGCCUAUCAAUUGCGUGCUCAAGUGUCGCCGGUUGUUGACAGAGUCGUCGCAACCAUCUGGCUCCGAGACUGAGCCGCGAGCGUCCUCCGGUACCGGGCCCCAGUACACCUUCCCAGACCCCAUCGUCUCGCCUGAUGCUCAGUCGUCUGGAUCUUCUAGCGCCGCAUCUGAAGUGCAAGUCGCCCCCGCUGAGUCUGCGGUGAUUGAGACUCCGGCAGCAAUGACCGCCACGGCUACGUCGGCCAGAGCCCCUCCGCCACCUGGUCCUGCGCACGCCGUGCCGCUUGCUGAUCCCGCACACGACGCGCCGCCUGCUCCUGCACAGGCUCCCCCGCCACCUGCUCCCCUGCCGCCCGCUCCUGUGCAAGCACACCCACCUCCGGCUCCGGCUCCAGCUCCCGCGCAAGCUCCAGUACUUCCUUUGGAUCUGGCUACAUUGGCGCCCGCCCCUGUACAAGCUCCGGCUCCGGCUCCUCCUGCUCAGGCUCAGGCUCCGCUUCCUCCCAUGGUUGCGCCACUCCCCAUCGAGGCCGCUAUACAACUGCCUGCUCCCGCCCCUGCGGCCGCACCACCUCUCGCCCAAGCACCGCCCGACCUCGUGGCCACCUUCUCAGAUAUGACGAUGGAUGAAGUAGUGACGCACCUCGAAGGCCAAGAAGAUCACCGGACCGAACGUAUGAGCAUCGUCAGGACGAUUACUGCCUUGCGCGAUGUCGCCGAUCGCCUUUGCGAUGACUGGACGACAUUACUGAAGCUCUGGGCCCUUCACGAACAGGAACUCGAGUUUCCCACUGCAGACUCUCGUGUUCACAAGCUGACCGUAUACAGCCGCCCACCGGAGGUCAAGUGGUGGUUAUUCCGCGGUCGCAAGUUCGCCUCGCCGCCUACCAUUAGCAACGUCAAGAAGUAUGGCACGAUAAUGCGGGAAUGGUAUACCGUUAUGAUGCCUACCUGGCAUCACUCAGAGGAGACUGAAUGGCCCCUUCGCCGUGUGAUGGCAGCCAGAGACAGCUGGGAGAACGUCAAGCGGGGUGGUGCGAACAGUCUCGCUAUCUUCAUCAUCGCUCUAUCUUGGUGGUUCUCUCAAGCAACAAAGGAGAGCGAAAUCGCUGAUGCCUCGUCUGUCUGCGAGGACCUGGUCUUUGUGCUCUCCAACAUGUACGCUGUUCAGUUAUAA